UUGAAGCCCCCUGGAGGAGGUUCUAGCAAUCUCUUUGGGAGUACAGAAGAAAUUUCUUCUUCAGGCAGGCCACACCGGAUGGCAUCCAAUAUCUUUGGAGCAUCAGAAGAACCUCAAAAUAUUCCAAAAAGAACAAACCCUCCAGGGGGAAAAGAAAGUGGUAUUUUUGAGGAUUCUAGUUCUGCUCAGCCUCGUCCACGCAUGAAUCCACCUGGUGGGAAGACAAGCGAUAUCUUUGGGUCUCCUGUAUCUACCAGUGUUGUGCGAGCACACCCAAACAAGCCUAAGGAUCACAUUGUCUUGAAAGAAGAUGAGACACCAAAGAAGCUAGAAGCUACAGAAAACAUCAAACCACAGCUGGAAGAUGGAGGCGAGAAAAAAGAUCUGGGCAAGGAGGAGCGAUGCAAGGAGCCAGAACCCAAGAUAGACAAUCACGAGCCCCGAUUAGGGCCAAGGCCACGCUCACACAAUAAAGUUCUUAAUCCGCCGGGGGGGAAAUCCAGCAUUGCGUUCUAUUAG